AUGGCACGAAAACCUUCCCUCAUGGCCUCAUGGUCCACCGCGCUACUAUCUUCCCUCGCUAUUCUUAAUUCCAUCUCUUCAGUCUCUGCGGUAUCAAGUGCCACAUAUGUUACGGGGACAAACUCUGCAGGAGAGACAGUUGAAUUACUUGACAGUCGAACACCGGCGUUGUUCACAGGGAAUUUUGGAGAUUGCAUGGGUGGACAGAGUUUAAUUAAUGUUACGACAUUCGACGCGGCUUACUACGCCGAUAAUAUGACCGUUUUGUUUCAUCUUGCUGGUAACACGAAUUUACAAAACGAGUCGGUAAUGAUACAUAUUGGUGUGCAAGCUUAUGGAGAGGAUAGGUUCGACUUGACCUUCAAUCCAUGUAAUGCAAAUUUCGCCAGCCUAUGUCCCAUGAAUAGCAGCAAGCCAAUCAGCGGCGAAGCCAUUAUUCCAGUAUCUGCAUCUGAUGUAUCCGGAAUUCCUGCUAUUGCAUUGGUGAUUCCAGAUUUCGAAGGAUCUGCUACUUUGCGAGUAUUUUCGAAUAGUACACAAACUGAGAUUGCUUGUUUCCAAGCGGUCAUGAGGAAUGGAGCAUCAUUUUCUCACCCAGCUGCUGUCAGCUCAGUAUUGGGAAUAUUCACGGCAAUCGCCGUGUUUUCCUCGUUUGCUACGGCCAUAUAUGGAGUCAGCGUACCGCAUAUUCGAACUCACUAUGCCCACUCCCUUUCAGUACUGGUGGUGUUCGAAGUUUUCAAUCGAUCUUCCUUUCUGGGGCUUUGUUUGAUCUACACCCCAUCCAUGAUCAAGUCAGUCAAUAGCUUCACUGGAAUAUCCGGAAAUUCAAGUCAGGUCGGUGGUGCCGGAUCUUCUACUAUCAACAACAACGGCGGAUUGCAACAGCAAAUCUAUGGACGUUCCCUAAAGAAGCUGCAAGAGUAUAGUCAUUGGUCCAAAAUGGCCAGGGGGAAUGAGAUGGUGAAGAGAAUGGGAUCGUUGACCAAACGUGCCACUAGCGAUAAUGCUACUAAAGGAUAUAGUUGGAACGGAACUCCUGUUGGAGCUGGGCUGCCAUUGCCUGGAAGCUGGUCCAAUUUCACAGGAACACUCGCCAACAUUGAUAUUCCGGCACAGGAUGCUUUCUUGGUCAGUUUUCUAUGGUACCUAAUCUUGAUUGUUAUUCUUGUUGCCUCUGCAGUUGCCUUCAAGUUUAUCUUGGAAGCAUUCAGCAAGAUGAAAUGGAUGAAGGAAGAUCAGCUUGCAUUGUUUAGGAAUAACUGGAUCAAAAUCAGUGGACUAAUCGUUUUACGAUCAAUGCUCAUUGCAUUCUUCAUGAUAAUGACUUUGUCGCUCUACCAAUUUUCUUAUGGGGGCACAACAGGCAUAAUCGCAAUCGCAGCCAUCAUCUUCAUAAUAUUCUUCUUCGGAAUUCUGGCACUUGCCUUUUACGCCUGCUACUUCAGGCUUAGAUUCGGCAAUUAUGCCUCGGCUCCUGAUCGAAUACAUUUUCAACGAAAGAAAGUGAUGAAGUUUCUCCCAUGGUAUGGAGCUGUCAGAGAGAGUAGCAUGGAAGAGAGCGAGAAAGCAAAAACCUCUGGCUCUAUAUCUUUCUUCCGCUUGCACUACGUUGACCUAGACAAGGAGAGACAGAGUGUACACCAGGAUGAGGAGUACACUAAGCGAUUUGGCUGGCUCUCAGCUCGAUAUAGAAGAACCCGUUGGUGGUUCUUCGCAUUCUGGGUUGUAUAUCAAUUCGUCAGAGCUUGUUUCGUUGGGGGUGCUCGUUCUAAUCCCGCUGCCCAAGUAUUUGGAAAUCUCGUGAUCGAGAUCAUUGCCUUCAUUGCUAUUGUAUGCCUCAACCCCUUCGAGGGUGCCCGCAAUACAGCCUUAGCGGUUUACAUGCUUGGCAUCAGUAAGGUUGCUACUGCAGGUCUAUCGGUCGCAUUCCUCCCACGGUAUAAUGUUGCACGAAUUCCAACCACAGUCAUUGGAGUCAUUAUAAUUGUCAUUCAAGGGUUCUUAACCAUUGGCUUGCUAAUACUCAUCGUCCUCGGAGCCAUCUCAAGCUACAUGUCGAUCAUGCGUAAUCGUGAGGAGUUCAGGCCACGCAACCUACAAAAAAUUCGCACAAAAUACUUCGAUCAUCUGGAACUGAAAGCUGUCGAUCUUCCACCCCCACCCCCACCGGUCCCCGAGGAGCCAAAGGAACCAUACUUCAGCGUCACCCAAGUUCGUCGAGCCCCUAAAAUCGAAGAUGAGGAUACUGUGCCAGAGAUGCCGGAGAUGAGAGGAAAUAGGGAUCCAAAUACCUCACAACCCUCAUUACCGAUGGCUGCUCGAAGCAGAGCCGCUAGUAUGCGCAGCCAGCAUUCAGGAUACGGCAGUGUUCCAUAUGGAGCGCGUGUCCACAGAGCAAGCUGGAGUUCCAGAGAAUUCCAAAACUGGCAGCAGGAUGAGAUUGCCAGAGGCGACUCUCCGUUCAACGCGCCAUCGAGACAACCGAGUAUGCAUCACACUGCUAACAACUCAACUUCUACCGCUCCACUUGUACAUCCUAAGAUGUCGCAAACGAGCUUAAGGCCAAACACCCCGAAAAAGGAGAAAAUAGCUCAAUACGCCGAUCAGAGAGUGGGUAAUGCCAGUUAG